UGCUCACGUGGACAGAAAUUUCGCGCGGUUUUUGGUGGGCUUUGUAAACAUAGGAGAGAAAGGGGAUCAUACCGCAUCAAACGUAGACAGUUUUCUGAAGAUAAAAACAAAUAAGUAAGAACAUGCCACCCCGGGAUUAUGAAGCCGAUAAAGAAAAGAUCAAGACCUUCCUCAAAGAAUUUUAUGUCGAUGGUGCUGAAGGAGGAAAAGAUUUUGUCUAUGGACAGCAACUGGUAAAAAUUGCUCACCGAGAGCAAGUUGGUCUGACCAUCGAAGUUGAUGACAUAACAGAAUAUGACCCUGAUCUGGGCGAAGCUAUUGUGGAUAAUACCAGACGAUACAUCAACAUAUUUAGUGAUGCCGUUCAAGAACUUUUGCCUGACUACAAAGAGAGAGAAGUUGUGAAUAAAGAUGCUCUGGAUGUGUAUAUUGAGCAUCGUCUUCUCAUGGAACAGAGGAACCAUCCUGAUCAUGGAGCAGAAAUUACUCGCGACCCAAAAAACAAAUACCCUCCCGAGUUGAUGAGGAGAUUUGAACUUUACUUCAAAUCCCAAGCUGGACAGAAGCACUCUGCAAUCCGCGAUGUCAAGGCUGACAGUAUCGGAAAACUGGUGUGUGUCAAGGGCAUUGUCACCAGGGCCACAGAGGUUAAACCAAUGCUCUCUGUGGCCACCUACACCUGUGAUACCUGUGGUAACGAGACUUACCAGCCAAUCAGCUCGCCCUCUUUCAUGCCUUUGAUCAUGUGCCCCAGUCAGGACUGUACAACAAAUCGAUCGGGAGGUCGUCUUUAUCUGCAGACCCGAGGGUCAAAGUUCAUAAAAUUCCAAGAAGUGAAAAUUCAAGAGCAUAGUGAUCAAGUGCCUGUUGGGAACAUCCCGCGUGGUAUGACGGUGCUUUGUCGUGGAGAGAUGACACGCCUUGCUCAGCCAGGAGAUCAUAUCAGCAUAUCUGGUGUUUUCUUACCAAUGAUGAAACAAGGGUUCAGGGAUAUGCAGCAGGGAUUAUUAUCAGAAACCUUUUUAGAGGCACAUAGAAUUGUCAAGAUGAAUAAGACGGAGGACGAUGAAUUAGGAGCAGAGGAGUUAUCAGAAGAUGAGAUUAAGAAGGUUGCAGAGGAUGACUUCUAUGAUAAAUUAGCAAGCAGUAUAGCCCCGGAGAUCUUUGGUCACGAGGACGUCAAGAAAGCGCUGCUCCUUCUUUUGGUUGGUGGCGUUGACAAAUCACCAAGGGGCAUGAAAAUCAGAGGAAAUAUAAAUAUUUGUUUGAUGGGUGACCCAGGAGUGGCCAAGUCUCAGCUGUUAUCUUACAUCGACCGACUCGCCCCUCGCAGUCAGUACACAACGGGACGUGGGUCAUCAGGCGUUGGAUUGACAGCAGCAGUGGUAAAGGACCCCAUCACUGGGGAGAUGACGCUGGAGGGAGGGUCUCUCGUCCUUGCUGAUCAGGGCGUGUGCUGUAUUGAUGAGUUUGAUAAGAUGAUGGACACUGACAGGACGUCCAUCCAUGAGGUCAUGGAACAACAAACCAUUUCUAUCGCCAAGGCUGGCAUCAUGACGAGUCUAAAUGCCCGUGUCUCCAUCCUGGCUGCAGCCAACCCUGCUUAUGGCCGUUACAACCCUAAGAAGACCAUUGAACAGAACAUCCAGUUGCCAGCGGCCCUUCUGUCCAGGUUUGACCUCCUCUGGCUCAUGCAGGACAAACCUGACCGGGAGAACGACCUGAGACUUGCCCAACAUAUUACCUAUGUACAUCAGCACAACAUCCAACCACCAACAACAUUCACGCCACUCGACAUGAAACUCAUGAGGAGAUAUAUUGCCCUGUGCAAGAAGAAGCAGCCAGUGAUCCCCGAGGGUCUGGCAGAUUACAUCACAGGGGCUUAUGUGGAGAUGAGGAAGGAAUCCAGGAACAGCAAGGACACCACUUUCACCUCCGCACGUACACUACUUGCCAUUCUUCGUCUUUCUACAGCGCUUGCAAGACUAAGACUGGCUGAUGCAGUUGAGAAGGAAGAUGUUAACGAGGCCAUGAGGCUGACGGAGAUGUCCAAGGAUACGCUUAACCCAGCGCAUGAAGUUCAUUCGAGGGCACAAAAUGUAACGGAUCGCAUCUUUAAUCUGGUCCGAGAGAUGGUGCCAGGUAUGGGUGCGCGUACAGUGAAGGUUACUGACGUCAUGGAACAGUGCACAUCCAAAGGGUUCAAGCCCGACCAGGUGGAUGCAUGUAUUGAGGAAUAUGAGGAGCUUAAUGUAUGGCAGGUCAACCAGGCUCACACAAAAAUCACCUUCAUCUAGACUCCAAACGCCAGUCUACAAGUGAAUGGAGUUGCCAGUUCAAGAUUAUAACAUCCAGGAUUUUAUAUCGGAGUUUAGAAUUUAUUUCAAAUUGUCCAAGAACAACCAAAUCAGUUAUUAUGUGUAGCAAGACAAUAUCAGACCACUAGGUCUAGUCUUUGCCUACAGAAAAAAAAAAUCUUGUCCAACCAGAAAGAAAGACAAAGUGGAUUUUUAUGAAAAAAGUAAUAUUCGAAAGUUGGAUUAUUUCUGCAACUUUUGUCUACAGUAUUUAUAAUAUGAAGUAUGUUGUAAAUUGAUCUGAUAUUACGAAACAUAUUCAGGUGAAAACAAUUUUGUUAUGUAUAUACAUGUACAUUUAGUAAUAGCCUACCAGAUAAUGUAGUCAAGUGUCCAUAGAAUUUUCUUUAUAGAGGUAUUUUGCAUUGUAAAUAAAACAAGAAUUUUACAAAAAAGGA